AAAACAACAAAAAGAAAAAAAGAAUCCUCUCGACAAGUUCAAAGUUUCAAAAAUGAGAAACAAGAACAGUAAAAGAGGCAGAGUCGAGCCAUCCGCGAGGAUGGCGGAGUCGGUUGUUGCUAAGAGAAGGUAUGGAGGAGGAUCGCCGCCGAGCAGCACAUCAUCAUCGGCUAACUCGUGCUUAUCGACCGCGGAGGAAAUGAAGGAGGAGGUUGCAUCGUCGUGGACUGAGGAACCGUCGGUGAUGGUGGUGGCGGGAUGUAGAAGAUGUUUUAUGUAUGUUUUGGUCUCACAAGCAACGGCGUGUUGCCCUAAGUGCAAAUGCAAUGAUUUGAUAUUGUUUUAGCGAAUUUGUUAUAAGUCAUGAUUUUGAUUUGGUUUUGAAAUAUUGAGAGUUUCUUUAUGCAUGGUGAAUAUGUAAAGUUCUAUAUAUAUAUAAAUCAAAUCAAGUAUCAC